AUGAAGUUUGACAACAUUAGAAGUGAAAUUGAAUUGGUUCAAUCAAACGACAUAUAUGUUUCUAACAUGUUUCAGUUGAGAUUCUCCUCCAACCAGAUGGAGGUACAGAUGAAAAAAAAGUUCACUGAAUGGUUAGAGGCAAACAAGAAUUAUGAGGAUGCACGUGACCUAACUUAUUCUGAUUUCCCUACAUGUUGGGUUUGGAAUUCAAAAGACAAAACAUGGAUGAGGAGAAAAAGUGGCAUAUCAAUUGAAAGAAUUUACUUCGCAUAUCCUUCAACUGGAGACCGCUUCUACAUGAAAAUGAUGCUCAACUUUGUCAAAGGAAGCACUUUGUUUGAAAGUUUUAGAACAAUUAAUGGAGUGACAUAUCCUACUUUUAAAGUUGCAUGCUAUGCUUUGGGAUUAUUAGACGAUGAUAAAGAGUGGAUUGAUUGCUUGACUAAAGCUGCAAUUUGGGCAACUGGAAAUGAGUUAAGACAUCUUUUUGUCACGAUACACAUUCAUUGUCAGGUUGAAGCAUACACAUUGUUCGAAAUUGAAAGUAUCAUGCUGAAAAUGGGAAAAAGUUUGAGAGACAUAGAUGGAAUGCCACUCCCUAAUUCUUCUUUGUUAAGAGACUCAGGUAAUAGAUUGGUCAAUGAAGAGCUUGAUUAUGACCAAGAUCAAUUAAAAGUAUUGCAUGACAAAUCAUUUGCUGCUCUAAAUCCUUGCCAAAAGUCAGCUUAUGAAGCAAUAAUACAUUCUGUCGAGAAUGACAAAGGAAAUUUAUUUUUUAUUAAUGGACAUGGAGCAGAGUCAACUUGCGAAAUUCAACACGACACCCAAUUACCUGCACUUCUUAUGAAAACUUCCUUGAUCAUUUGGGAUGAAGAACCUAUGGCAAAUAAGUUUUGCUUUGAAGUUUUGGAUAAGACCUUAAGAGAUAUUCUAAGAAGAAGGUAUGAAAAUAGUUCUACCAAACCUUUUGGAGGACUUACGAUGGUAUGUGGUGGCGAUUUCCAUCAAAUAUUGCCAGCUGUCCCAAAGGGUACAAGAGCAGACAUUGUUGAUGCUUCUCUGAACUCAUCCUUCUUGUGGUCGUUUUUCAAAAUAUAUCAGCUCAACCAAAAUAUGAGGCUCUAUAAUGGAAGUGUAAGUAGCUCUAAGGCUGCUAAAAUAGCUUCUUUCAACAAAUGGUUGUUGCAGAUUGGAGAUGGUUCAUCAUAUGAUGACACUGAUAGAGAAUUAAUCAAAAUUCCUUCUGAUAUAUGGAAAAACCCAUCUGAAGAUCCAAUGAAAUCUAUAGUUGAAGCUAUCUACCCUUCACUUUUGCAUAAGUACAACAAUCCAACAUAUUUGAAAGAAAGAGCAAUAUUAACGCCAAAAAAUGAAAUUGUUCAUGAGUUGAAUGAGAUGAUUAUGAAUAUAAUACUGGGAGAAGGGAGAACCUAUUUUAGCUCUGACAGUAUAUGCAAAGCAAGCGUUAACACAAUGAUGAAGAUCUUUUGUACCCAGCUGAAUUUUUGCAUAGUUUGA